AUGUCGAAGAAAGGCGAUAUGACAAGACAGAGUAUUCUGGUACACCAAGCUGAUCCAACCGAAUGUCCGUUCCGAGAAUUCAGGGAUAACGAAAUAUCUCCAGAUUCCUGGGGAAUGGGUCCAGCUGCUUUCCGGGCAAGUCAUUUUCUUAGCAAGACAUCUGCAAAAUCAACGGCUGAUAUGCUAUGGGUUGAUGAUCAGACUCAACCUUUACCAAAAUCGGCGAGACAGUACCUACAUGGGUGGAUCAGAGCUGAAGAUCUAGCUAGUCGACGCUGGGAUGCUGAAAUUGUUGUAUUCGAAGAUAACGGUAAUAGUGGUAAGAUGGCAAUCACGGACAUGCAGUUAAGUCAUGCACAGGUCCUGCUGAGGUCUUCGUACUGCAGACGAGUAUUGGGCAUAUGCUACAUGCUUGAACGAGUUGAUGGUUUGAUUGUUGAACAUCAAUGGGAGAACUUCGUUUUCAACAUGCCACCCGAAGGUUGGAGGUCACGUUACCACAUCUAUUCGCCAGGUAUCAAGCCUGGCGGUGGUCUGCAGCAUCGACCGACUUUAUCAAAAAAUGGUUGCUACCUUGUGCGUCUCUUCUACCUCGGAGCAUGGCGUUGCGUUUGGGUCAGCGAUCAAGUUCCAGUGGAUGCCACAGACUCCCCUCUCCUACCUUUUUCACCACUCCUGAGCCUUACACUAGCUAAGCCAGGUGUAAAGCAAUCGGCGACGGUGACUUCGAAUGUGGUCCAUCUCUGGCCAUUAUUGCUUUGUAAGGCGCUGUUAAAACUGGCUGCGCCUGACAUGAAUUCUGACGAUACCGACUGUGAAGAUGAAUUGAUGCUGGAUUUUGAUAUACUUCACGCCUUAACGGGUUCGAUGGACUUGACUUACAAAAUUGCGGAUCCUCAAAAGUUAUGGGAUAUUUUAAUAUCAGAGGUACCAGUCUUCACUUGGGACGAUGAUGAUGAUACUCUUACAAGCACAGUCAAGUCUAAAAAUACAAAGAAACCUACUAUAAAGGAAAUGACAGUUGUAAGGCGUGCUUCAAUGACAUCAAUUGUAAUCGAGGAUACAAAGGAUCUUCCUCCUUAUUCGCUUCCGGGGAUAACACCAGGUCAUGAAAUGAAUCUUUUCGUCAUGAUGGUCAGAGAUUUACCGUUGAAGAAACCGCUACCAGAACCCGAUGUACCAUUAUGGAAGACGUAUCGUUGGAUCGACUGGGCACGCAAACAUGGUCUGUAUGAGGCUUACGAUUGUCCACGAACAAGAUUCUUAAAAGUAAAUGGACUUCUGAAAAUGUCCUAUGCACCUCACUUGUUAGAUAUUCAGAGUACAGAAUCGAUUACCUAUCAAUUCAGAGAAGAGCAUGACAAAUCCGUUCCACCGAACAAAAAAGCAGCGAAGGACGUAAAUAGAUCGACAACAGCAAAUACAGUGGUACCCCAGCAAACGAAAGAAGAAUUACGUCUAUGGAUCCAAUAUAAUUCGAUCCAAAAAUUGAUUAAAUACGUUAAUAUCCUAUAUUUCCCGUCAAUGUAUUGUUUCACUUCAGUAGCCAGUAGCCCACCUAUAAGGGUAACUAAAGCAGCACCAAAUAAAGCUCUGGAUAUACCAGCGCCAAAAUUUGCACCUCUUUACCUUCAAAUAGAUGGACCUGAUGAGAAUAUCCUUAGAAUUACACUAAACAUGCUACAUCCGAGGGUUCUACUUAACUGCGGUGUACCAUUAUUAGAUUAUAUUGAACCAGCUUAUUUAGUAUUACAAGUUUUUGAAUGGUUUGUCGACUGUGAUGUACCAAAGGUGAAGGCUUUUAUUGAAACUAGAGGUUACGAAUCAGUUGAAAUCACGCUACCGCCGGGGAGACAUUAUUGCAGGAUAUGGAUACAUUCUAGCUUAAACUGGCACGCUAUGCUUUUAAGCGAAUCUUCACUAUUACUUGGUAGACGCGACGUCAUUCAAUGUGCUGCGGUAAAAGAAUGUCCAUGGGCAGCACGUUUCCUAACAAAUCUUGGUUCUGCGUUUUCUAAUUGGAUACGAAUAAGCAGAUCAAUGAUGAAUAUGUCAAUAAAUGAUAGAGAAUUUUAUAGAUCAUACCAACCAGAUUUGGAAUGGAUUUCAGAAAUUGUUGGUUAUGAUAAAGCUUUAUUGCACUGGAUGUUUAGACAGGCAUUACAAUCUUUGUUAAUUAAGAAGCUCCAACCAACUGAAUUUAGAGCAGUAUGUACGGUUUUAAGACAAUACUUUUGUGAUCCCGACUUUGGAAUGCAAAAAAAACCCUUACCUCCAAAAUCUUUGGCGGAUAUUGAUCGUUUAGAUCCAUGUGACUGUGUUUUACCUGAAACUGAAGAAAUUGAAAUAUUUGACGAUCAAUUGCUAGAAGAACAAGACGAACAAGAGAAAUCUCUUGUAGAUCAAGAAAUUAUGGAUCAACUAUUAACAGCACCAGAACCUCCAAUCGUUUCACAAGUCUGUGAACUCGCAACAGAAGAACUCCCAUGUGGACUAUUAAAAGCAGAGAGAUUGAAAAUUAUUAGGAAACAUGAAGCAGCCUCUAUCAUCCAAGCUCACUGGAGAGGCACUUGGGCUAGAAAAAAUUUAACCGAUCAUGUUGCUAUCACUCCAGAUAUUUCUAAAGCAAUAAUGGAAAAUGCUUUUGGUAAUUUGGAAGCCUUAUCAGCUUUGAUGAAUGAAUUCUUUGCAAUGUAUCCUGGAGCAAAAAGCGCUUACUCGGUCGCUUCAGCUCUCAGUGGUGUUUAUGGACUGAACCAAUAUAAUGGAACGUCACCAAUAACUCCGAAAUGCAAAUGGAUCCCAUAUUUUCAAGGAGUUUUUAACUGUCAUGCUCCAGUCAAAGUGCACUUAGAUGUUUAUAGUACACUCCAGCAUAGUAUAUUAGCUGUUUAUAAUAAUGAUAAUGGAGAACAGCUGCCGCAAGCGUAUAAUGAACAUAUUACUUUUAAUUUUGAACCAAAUGAAUACGGUUACACUAUAAUGGGUCACGGCUCUUUGAGUCAAUCCGCUGGAACCUAUUCAGAAGUUUAUUGGCAGCUGACUGUUCUCUCAUCCAUAUCUAACACGUUUCACGUUUGCGAUAAUGAUUCUGAUCAAUGCAAGGAAUUACCUUUAUCUGCAGCAAGCAAACUGCAUAUUGAUGAAAUUUUCAUACCCAAUAGAAGAAAUAUUCUUGGUGGAGUACAGAUAUUAGUAACAAAACACGAGGCAGUUAGCUUUAGAGUUGCUGCAACAUCACCUGAUUUGGAAAUGGAAGCAAUUCUACAGACGGUAUCAUCAGAUGGUCAAGUUGAUGAAUUUGGUAGAUGUUCGGGUACUGGUGAAUUGUACUGGCCUUAUAUCAGAUUGGAACCGACUCUUUCAUCUGAAAAUAUAUCGGCAAGAAAACGUUCCAUGUCACAUUCGAAUUUAGCAACGAUAACCCGAGAAUCGGCGUUUUCAAGCGCUCGUUCAUUGAAGGUUCCAAAGCAAAAGCAAUCUGGUGCCAAGAAUAGAUCAACAACUAAGAUUAAAGACGCGAAAACUCAUAUAGCACCAAAACAAUACUCCAUUGAGUAAGUGCUUACGCCGAAUGGAUGGCCGUUAACAUUUGCUCAGUGGAAGCGAGUUGACGAGCUAAGAAAUUCUCAUGAAUUUAAUAAAGUAGAAGCACCUGCUAAGAAACAGAUGACAAGAGAAAAGGGUGGAUCUGCCAAAGAAAAAGAAAAGACGAUCUCAAUACCAGCCAAUCAACCUCAGUUGGGUGACGCUUAUGUGGAACUCGAAUGCUCUCUGGCUGUAGGAGGAGCUAUAGCCAUGCGAGACGAUAUCCGAGAUCUUCAGUUUGCAGCGGCACGAAAAGCUUGGGAUGCACAUGAACAUGGGAGAAAUUUAAGAGGUGCACAAAUUAGAAAUAACUUCAGAGCGGAAUUUUUGGAAGCUUUGCCACCGCCACCUUCGGAAAGCUCUCAGACCAUUCCAGAGUUACGUUUUUCAGAAGAAGAGCCGUGUACUGUACAACAAGGGCCCACCCCAGCCUCAGAAAGUGGACUUUUAGAAAUGUCCGUCGAAAGUGAAGAAGAGGCAAGAUACUUGACAAUGCCUGAGCUGUUAAAAGACAAAUUCAUACCGUUGUACUUUGUACCAUUUUGUACGAAGGAGAUUGAUGAGAAUGGGAGCAUAUUAUUAACUCCUGAAAUUAUGGAAGCUACCAAGAAGAAUCGUCAUAAUAAUAUCGAAGCAGCAUUAGAGCGCAUGCGUGAACUACAAGUUUACAACGAAGAACAUGUUCUUGGACGGCAGAAGAAAAGAUGUCGUCUUCUGGAGAAACUGUUCGUUGAUUCACAAUGGAAUCCGGCACUUAAUGAAGUUUUAGAGGAACGAGAUGACGCGAUUGCUCGUGAAGCGCUCAAUCGAACGCUUUCGGCUACGAAAAAGAAACAAGAAGGAAAGAAAAAAUAAGC